ACUUCCUUCAACAUUUUCAUUGUUUUUGUCUUAGCGUUUGCCAAAUCCAGGCGCAACAGUGUUGUUAUCAACUGCCUAUUGUUAUUUUAGGUGAUCUUUGCUAGUAGUAUCGUUACCUUAAUUCUCAUCGUAGCCGUAGCCCCGAUUAUUGAUGUCAGGUUUGAGCAUGCUCCAUACACUUCCUCUAGUCCUGUCCAGCUUGUUUCUAAUGCUCAACUUCCCCCACUACUCACACCAGUACGUGUACAGCGGGGACCUGAAGGAUGUCUAUUUCUAUAAGCCAGGGGACUUUAUAAUCGGAGGAUCGUUUGGAGUAACCUAUGAUUGCCACAGUGUCCACAACAACAUUCCCUAUGCUCUAAUGCGGACAAUGGUCCACGCAGUCGACGUAGUGAACAGGGAGAAAAAAAUUCUUCCAGAUUUUACAUUGGGUUAUUUUAUAAUUGACAACUGCCAGAAUUCAAAUAUCUCGGCUCUUCAAGCCCUUCGCUUCAUUCCCCAGUCACAUCUAGCUACACACGACGAUAAAGACAUCCCUGGCUAUUUGAGAUCGUUCGAUGUUAUCGGAGUGGUUGGUACCGAGUACAGUUUGACCACAAUACCCCUCUCGGUUAUCCUGGGAGCCAUACAAAUGCCAGUCAUCAGUUCCUGGGCUACGGACGACGCGCUGAAGAACAAGCUGACGUACCCAACAAUCUUUCGUGUGACCUCCUCCAUGCCGCAUCACAUCGAUGGCCUGCUGCACUUCUUGCGCCAGAAAGAAUGGCUCUACUUUUCAGUGAUAGCAGACGCCACCGAGUACGGCCAUCGAAAUGUCAAACUGUUAAAGAAGAGCUACAAAAGAAGCGGCAUGUGCAUCGCCGUCAUCUCGAGCGUGAGUGAGGACGUCGACUUCAAAAGUCUGCUCCUCUACCAUCGCGAAAAGUUUGGAGUCUACGUCAUAGUGGCGUUCGUUCGGUACUCUUUGGUGGAGAAGAUUUCAAGCGCCGUGAAGAGCGCGGGUCUAGAGGGAUCGCUUGUUGUGAUAGGAUGUGAUUUCUUUUACUAUGACUUGUACGAAGGGAACCUGGCCAGAGGUUUUCUGUCUUUAGGACCCCCUGCUUCUCCCGUUUCGGGAUUAAGAGAUCACUUAUUGGGGUUAGAUGACAAAGAACCGCAUGAUCCAUGGCUAGAAAGCAUUUAUGAAAAAGUGUAUCAGUGUUACAAAAAACUAUGCGCUCAGCACUUUCGCCAUGACGCAAAUUUAAUUAAUGCUUUACCCCUGGGGGAUGUCGCUGAUAUUGUAGAGAUAUAUGCCAAAGCAUUGUCCAAUUUAUUAGCUAUCAACUGCUAUGAGAAAUCUAAAGCCGAAGCGGUUUCCUGCUUUCGACAGAAUAAAGCUAAAAUGAUUUCUCAUAUCGAAAGCGUAAAGUCCUUUACAGACCAAACCAAACUUUUUUUUGAUACCGACAGAAACCGCGUCACGGAGGUAUCUAUUUUCCAGUCGAUCGCCAACGAUACUGUCAAUAAAGUCGUUGAAAUUUCAAGGUACGAUUACUAUACCAAGACGAUUACCUUUCUAACACACAUGGACUUUGAAGGGUUCACCGUGCCUGAAGAAAAGUUUUUAGCCUCCCAGCACUGCCAGCCGGCCUGUGCCGGGGACUCCCGACGGUCCCUCUACUCGAGAUGUUGUUGGGCCUGCGUUAAAUGCAGCGAUUACGAAAUCGUCGCAGAAAACGGCACAAAUUGCGAAAAAUGCCCCACUCUUUACUGGCCGUCUUAUGAAGACAGCAAAAAAACAAAUUGUGCAUUAAUUAAACUUUCCUACGUCACCAUUUUUUCACUUUACUCGCAGUUGUUAAUUUUUGUGUCAUUAUCACUCCUGUGCAUGGCGGUGUUCACGCAGUAUGUUUACUACACGAAAAGGCGAUUUCUGAAGAUGAACAGAACUCACAUUGUUAUCGCCAACGGCCAAAUCUCCGCCAUAGCAGUUGGUUACCUGGCCAUACCUGUUCUUGUUGUUCAACCAAAGCCCCUGAACUGCUUCAUAGGUCUAAGCCUAUUUGAAAUCAGCUUCACUGCACUUUAUCUCUGCUUGGCGAUAAAAACCUUCGACCUUGUAUACUGCAGUCGAAACGCUAUUGGGGAUCGGGAAUAUAAGGAGAAGCUUCGAGAAUUCGAACGAACUGCAGCUGUUUUAUUAAUCAUUUUUGAGAGUAUUAUUAUAGCUUUGAUGCACAUACUCUUCCCCGCCGAGAUGGUGUCCCAACAGCCUUCAGAGCUGGUCAACUACGCUGAGAACGUCUGCAGUUUCCCGCCAGUCCACAUUUACUUGUUCCUGGGCCACAACUUGACACUCCUUGUCGUCUGCCUGCUCAUGAUUGUUCGAUACCGAACUUUCCAAGUCCACUAUUCAGAAAGCGAGUUCCUCUUCACAUGUCUCACAAUCAAAAUGACCACAUGGGCGUCGUUUAUCCCAGCCUACUUCAUGUCAGACCGACUACAGAUUCGUAUCUACUACAUCAUCUUUGUUAUUCUAAUCAACCACACAACAGCCCUAGCCCUCUUGCUAGCCCCGAGGCUGUACUACGUGCUGACCAACGCUAGGUAUAAUGCGAAAAUAUCAAGUUUGAGCAUGCUCCAUACACUUCCUCCAGUCCUGUCCAGCUUGUUUCUAAUGCUCAACUUCCCCCACUACUCACACCAGUACGUCUAUGUUGGGGACCUGAAGGAUGUCUAUUUCUAUAAGCCAGGGGACUUUCUAAUCGGAGGAUCGUUUGGUGUGACAGUCGACUGCAAGCGUGUUCAGAACAGUAUCCCUUAUUUUAUGAUGAGAACAAUGAUCUAUGCAAUUGAAACGAUUUUGUAUAAUCUCAUAGAAGUCCCUGGCUACUUGAGGUCGUUCGAUGUUAUCGGACUGGUUGGUACAGAGUACAGCUUGACCACAAUACCAAUCUCGUCUAUACUAGGGGCCGUGAACUUGCCUGUCAUUAGUUCCUGGGCCACAGACGACGAGUUGUCCAACAAGAAGCAGUAUCCCACAUUCUUUCGGAUUACGGCCACAAUGAAGCAUCAAAUCAGAGUCUUGGUUCAGUUCUUGGCUUAUAAAGGUUGGAGCUACUUUUCAGUGAUUGCUGAACAAACAACCUACGGUAUUUGUUUUGUCACUCUGUUGAAGAAUGCUUACAAAUCGCAUGGCUUGUCCAUAGCUGUCAUCUCUAGAGUAAGGAAUGAUGUUGACGCCGAGAGCCUGCUUCUCUACCAUCGCAAACAUUUCGGUGUCUACGUUAUCCUUGUCUUCGUCCGAUACCAAUUAGUACAGAUGAUUUCAAAGGCUGUGAAUAGCUCGGGUUUAGAAGGUUCUGUUAUCAUUAUAGGAUGUGAUUUCUUUUUAUACGAUCUGUAUUACGGAAAUUUAAAUAAAGGCAUUCUAGUCAUGGGACCAUCGGCCUAUCCUGUUCCAGGAUUACAAUACCAUUUGCUGGAGUUGGAUAAAAAGGAACCCCGGGAUCCUUGUCCAAGCGCUACUUUGGAACGGGAUUAUAAACAGAAGAUUCGCAAAUAUGAAAUAACUGCUGCAGUUUUAUUCGUCCUUUUUGAGGUUAUAAUGCUAGCCUCCAUUCACAUCGCCGUACCUGUUGAGAUGGUAUCCCAACAGCCUUCAGAGCUGGUCAAAUACGCAGAAAAAGUCUGCAAGUUCCCCCCAGUCCACAUUUACAUGUUCCUGGGCCACAACUUGACACUCCUUGUCGUCUGCCUGCUCAUGAUUGUUCGUUACCGAACUUUUCAAGUCCACUAUUCAGAAAGCAAGUUCCUCUUCACAUGUCUCUCAAUCCAAAUGACCACAUGGGCUUGUUUUAUCCCAGCCUACUUCAUGUCAGACCGACUAAAGAUUCGUAUCUACUACAUCAUCUUUGUUAUUCUAAUCAACCACACAACAGCCCUGGCUCUCUUGCUAGCCCCGAGACUGUACUACGUGCUGACCAACGCUAGGUAG